AGGUCAUUGUGACGCGAACGCUACAGACACGUGGAACACCUGCCAGACAGCAGGGGCGGGGUUAUCUCCGACAGCAAGUUCAAACGGGAAACCCUAGAGAUGAGGGUCACGCAAGACCCUAAGGAGUAGAGAGACGGACACCGGCUCCUCUCAUCCCUGAUUGGCCCCAAACAAGGAUUAAUAUAACGUAUCACACCUUGCUUUUUUCUCUGCCCCUUCUCAAAUCAACAGUAGAAAAAGAAGCAUGUCAGGACACAAAUGUUAUUCCUGGGAACUGCAGGACCGGUUUUCUCAAGAUAAGUCAGUUGUCAAUAAGAUGCAACAGAAAUACUGGGAAACGAAGCAGGCCUUUAUCAAGGCAACAGGGAAGAAGGAAGAUGAGCAUGUUGUUGCCUCUGAUGCAGACCUGGAUGCCAAGCUGGAGUUAUUCCAUUCAGUUCAGAGAACCUGUUUGGACUUGUCUAAAGCAAUUGUACUCUACCAAAAGAGAAUAUGUUUCUUGUCUCAAGAAGAGAACGAACUGGGGAAAUUUCUCCGAUCCCAAGGCUUCCAAGAUAAAACCAGAGCAGGAAAAAUGAUGCAAGCCACAGGCAAGGCCCUCUGCUUUUCCUCCCAGCAAAGGUUGGCUCUGCGGAACCCUUUGUGUCGAUUCCACCAAGAAGUGGAGACUUUUAGACAUCGGGCCAUCUCUGACACCUGGCUGACCGUGAACCGCAUGGAGCAGUGCCGGAUUGAAUAUAGAGGGGCCUUGUUGUGGAUGAAGGAUGUGUCUCAGGAACUUGACCCAGACCUCUACAAGCAAAUGGAGAAGUUCAGGAAGGUGCAGACACAAGUACGCCUUGCAAAACAAAACUUUGAUAAACUGAAGAUGGAUGUGUGUCAGAAGGUGGAUCUUCUUGGAGCAAGCAGAUGCAAUCUCCUAUCGCACAUGCUAGCAACGUACCAGACUACUCUGCUCCACUUUUGGGAGAAGACUUCUCACACCAUGGCAGCCAUUCAUGAAAGCUUCAAAGGUUAUCAACCGUAUGAAUUCACGACAUUAAAGAGCUUACAAGAUCCUAUGAAAAAGCUAGUUGAGAAAGAAGGGAAGAAGAGCACCCGGCGGAGGGAAAGCCUGGAGGCUGCGACACAGGAGCCUAAGCAAUUAAUUUCUUUGGAGGAUGAGAACCAGCAAAAAGAAUCCUCUCCUUGUAAGGCUGAAGAAGAGAAAAGUACUCUGUCUUCUAUAGACAAAAGCCCUGCGCAUGACACAUGCUCAGGACCAAUAGAUGAACUAUUAGACAUGAAACCCGAAGAAGCUUGCCUGGGUCCCAUGGCAGAGACCCCAGAACCCGAAGGUGGGGAUAAGGAUGACCUCCUGCUGUUGAAUGAAAUCUUCAGCGCUUCCAGCCUGGAUGAAGGAGAGUUCAGCAGAGAGUGGGCUGCCGUGUUUGGAGAUGACCGGCUGAAGGAACCAGCCCCCGUGGGGGCCCAGGGAGAGCCAGACCCCAAGCCCCAGAUCAGUUCUGGAUUCCUUCCUUCGCAGCUUUUAGACCAAAACAUGAAAGAUCUACAAGCCUCUCUCCAAGAGCCUGCCAAGGCUUCCUCGGACCUGACUGCCUGGUUCAGCCUCUUUGCUGACCUCGACCCCUUAUCAAAUCCUGAUGCUGUUGGGAAAACCGAUAAAGAACACGAAUUGCUCAAUGCAUGAGUAUGAGUAUGCAGCCUUUGCCUGGGAGCCUUCGGCCGCUCAGCAGCACCUGCUCCAGGGCUUGCGGACGUCUCAGUAUGCUGUUUUAAUAUUUACGUGCCAUUUUAAUAAAACGAGAGGGUCAAGGCCCCGUUUCUAUCCGCA